AUGACCUCGCAGGGAUUUUCUUUCCCGCCCCCGCCGCCUCCGCCGCCGGCAACUAACCAGGCGCCGGCUCAGCAACCGACCCAACAUGGUCAGAAUUGGGGUGGACACGGCGGACAUGGUGGAGGACAUGGCGGAGGCCAGCGGGGGCGUGGGAGAGGACAAGGGAACCGAGGCCGAGGAGGGAAUCAUGCAUCAGGUGGACAAGCACCAUCGUAUCUUCCCCCUGCAGGUUACAACUACGCGCAACCAAUGUAUGGCGGAUACCCUCCUCAACCUCUUCCAACGGCACCUUAUAUGCCUCCCCAGCCCUACCAUCAUGGACAACCGCCGGCCUUUCAGAAUCCUCAAAACCCGCCCUCGUUCUCAUCCCAACAAUAUCCUCAGUCGGUAGCUUCGGGGAACUAUCAACACUACAAUACGCCCAACCUUCCUACUUACCCUCCCACACCUCCGACAUACAUGCAAGGUUUACCAACACCUCCCCAUGGCCAUCCACCAAACAAUCAAGCAAUGAUGCCCCCCAUGUCAUGGCGCAAUGAUAUGCCAGGUGCGGCGCCAUACAUGGGGGCUCAACCGGGGCAAGCACGAGGCCCACGACCUCCCCAUGCGCAUGGCAAUCAGGGCCCGAAACCGAAGCACAAUCAGAAGCGGGACCACUCAGCUGCAUUCACCAAGCCUCAAUCAACUGCACCUCGGACUCCCGCUGCGCCUGCCGUCCCAAGCUUCGGCAACCCUCUACCCUCAAAGCCACCACCAGCCGCAGACUCCACAGCCAACAGGAAGGCAAAGAAAAGAAAAAGGAAGCACAACCAACUCGGCCUGACCCCUAAUGCCGAAGAACACGAAUCAAGCGAAGAAGAGGCCGAUGAAGACGAAGAAUCGAAGCUAGCGCAAAGUGGCUCUAAUGCAGCACCACUUCAGUUCUCAUACAAAGGUAAAACGUCUACAUUACAAACGCCAUCUGAUAUUGCUGCUUGGAUUGCAGAGCGGAGGAAGAAGUUCCCCACUCAAGCUCGGGUUGAAGAAAAUAAGAAGUCUAUGGAGGAGGCAAAAGCUGCCCGUGAGGCAGUUCGUCAGCAGAAGCAAAAAGAACAACAGGAAAAGCGAAAGGAACAUAUCCAAAAGCAAAACGAACACAAGACAGAUCCCGCUGCAGAUGCGACAACAAACGCGCAGCGCAGAGAGAAGAUCCGGCGCAACCUUGAACGAGAGGAGAAACGAAUCCAAAAAGCCAUGGCUGAGACCGAAGCUGCUCGUCUCCGAAUGGAAGCUCUACAGAAGGAGGCAUUGAGCCUGAAUGCAGACUUCAGCCAAGACGAAGAUACCGGUAUCACGACCAUGCAGCAACACCCAACCCUGGACCCAGUCAUCAAGACUGAACCCGCAAACGCGCCAGAACCAACCAUCAAAACCGAACCCGAAACCGCGGUACCGGAGCCAGUCAUUAACGCUGAACCAGAAACUGCACUGCCGGAGGCAACCAUAAAGACCGAGCCUCAUGACCCUAUUCCAGAGCCCGCGCAAUCGGCCGACCCCGCUCCCCUCGCGACAGAGGCGCAGGGAGAUCCUGGAUCCUUGCUCGAGUCCAACAAUCUCGAGCCCACGAUCACCGAACACCCCACCGACCAUGACUUGUAUGGCAUGGAGAUCGCAUCCGAUCAUGGGGCCAGUGAUUGGACGUCAUCGGGUGCUUCUGGCUCAGAUUCUGACUCCGACUCUGACGACUCCGCGCCAGAUCAAGUAACUUCACGUCGCACGGCUCCAGAUCGAGUGCCGCCCCCACCCCGUGAAGGCAAAAAGACUGUAUGCCGUUACUUUGCUCGUAAUGGGCACUGUAACCGUGGCGACCAGUGUAAAUUCCUCCAUGAGAAUGACUCCGAACGAACCUCAAAGGCCAAGGCCAAGCCUACGGAGAAGAAGGAGAAAGAGACGAGACGCAAGGGACUUUAUCAAGCUUUGCUGGACCGACAGACCCAAGACGAUGACCGCCGGGCAAUGGAAGUGAUUGUCUGGCUAGGUCAGAAUGAUAUGUUGGCGGAUUGA